UGUACCGUCAGUUGUGAUGCGCGACACGUAAAAUGAAUCGGGAUCUUACUUCAUAAUGUCUAGUCGUCGUUAAAGGUUCGCAUUCAAUAAUAUUAUUAUUUCGUUGAAGAUUAACGUAUCGGAGAGGACACCGGUCAAGAUAAACGGGAAAAUAGACGUUCUUAAUACACACAUAUUUUCCACGGUUUAACAUUAUUGACUUGUUUAUAUUGUUGUAUAUUAUUGACAUUAUUGACAAAUUAUAUAGACGCUAUAUAAAAACAGAUUUUAUCGUGAGUAAUUGUUUAUAAAAUCGUACAGAAUACUAACAUAAUAUUAAGUAUAGUUAACGAGAACAAUGUGUCAAUCUAUGUUCAGCUUCAGUGCUUCACGCUGGUUAGUUGGACCACACGUGGUCUUUAUACAAUUCAUUGCUCGCCAUUUUUUCGGAUUAUUUACACUUUUAAGAAUCGGAAUGGGAUGUUGCUCUAGUCCGCCCGCCCAAUUUCUUUUUUUUCAGAUAUCGUUUAUCUUCUGGAUUUUAUUCUAGUUAAUGCACAUUUUUUAUUACGCUAUUCAACCGCCAUAUGCGUUCUGUACAGACGGUUCAUUCGUCUUCGAUUAGGUCAACUUAAAAGUCAGUCUAAAAAGUUCUUUUAUUCUGGCAUUCGUUUGUCUUUCAUAUACCAUAUUCAACUGUUUGCUUAUUCACCCUUUCAUUUUCCUUUAGUCCGAAUAUUCGCAGAAAGAAGUUCACUUUUCAGAACCACCAAUUGUAUUGGUAUACUUACACUUAACAUAAUAUAGGCAGAGCCGUACUUAGAGGGGUGCGAGAAAUAUACAUGUGCACCGGGUGAUAUGACCACGAGAGCGCCAGAGAUCAGAGAGGCUCUAAUGGAAAAUUUUAAAAGUUCUGUAACUGAAUAUUUUUACAAUAAACGUAUAAGUGAAUGCUGACAGCCAGGUUUUUAUUUUUAUUUUUGGCUAUCGGUAAAUUUUUCUGGCACCGAGCGAUGAUUUUGCUAAGUACUGAAUAUAGGUAUUGUAUGGCUCUUCUUUUUUUUUUUAGAUAUUUAGUGAAGUGAGGAAUAUAUAGGUUUUAACGCUAUGCGUUUUUUUUUUGUGCUCGCCUGUAAACGACUUUUCUAUCAUAAAUCUUGAUCUAAUCAAAAACUUUAUAAGAACUGUGUUGUGUAGAAUUUUUGAUUUAGUUGGUGCACUGAGGAAAUGAGGUUUGAUUUUUCUUGAAAUUUUCUUAAUAAAUGGAAAGCUGUCAAUUUUCGUGGAAUUUUGUUGAUUUUUGGAUUACCUUAGUAAGGAAGGGAAAAAUAUCACUAAUGAAACUUUGUUCAGAAUCGUUUUCAUUUGGCAAUGGUUUAUCGUUACGACGAUGCUGCGUACAAAUAUAAAUUGAAUUACUCUAUCUUCCUCUUACUCUUACUCUUAUAUACCUAUCUUCCCUUCCACACUUCCAUUCUGAGACACUGGCACAACUAAUUUGUUCUAAUGGACUUUUUAAUUUUUAAUUUCGUAAAUAUUAUACUUUUAUAAUAUACAGCGCAUUUUCCAUAAUGUCUAUUGGUAAUUAUAUUCAAGUCAUACGUAUAAUAGGUGCUAUAGGUUAAAUUAUAUGUUGACAUAUAUAAAAUAAAAAAUAUAUUUAAUAUUUACACAGAUAAUAAAUAUCGAUUACAAUAUGGGAAUUUAAUUAAUGAAGUCUAUAGUAAUUUUCAAUCCUUUUAAAAUGCAUUGGUACACGUUUAUUAAUUUGACUUAAUUCUUCAGAAUUGUAUUUGCGCGAAACUUAAAUGGCUAUAUAUUAUAAUUCUAUAUUAAACCUGUAAAAAAAAAAAAAAGAGUUAAAAUAGAAAAAACCGGAUAUUACAUGAUGGGUACGCCGCUGUUAUAGGUUGAAAGCUAAGCUAUGCUACAUAAAGCUAUUUAAUUUAUAUCUAUGUAAGUAAUAAUAAACCAUCGUUAAUGAAAAUCGAUUCGGAGCGAAGUUUGUUUAAACAUUAUUAGAGAGAAUAUAAUUUUUACGAUUUUUAUCAAUCAAAUUUUUAAAGUCAUUAUAAAAAAAAAAUUACUAUAUUACACACUACUGUUUUUUUAACCACUAAGUACAACACAUAAUGAACAUCCUGUUAAAUUUGUACGCAUUUCUGUUUUUUAAGUAAUUUUAUCCAUAUAGUAUUUAUUGAAUAAAAACUAUGUAAAAAAAAAUUAAAAUAUAUUCUUCGCUACACAUUGAAUCUAAAAACUUAAAGUGUUUUUAGAAAUACCUCAAAAAUCAAUGUUUUGAAAAUUUUAACACGUCUUACAAUGUUUUCGGUCAAAAUUUUAAAUCUUUACGAAUAUUUUUAUUAAAAUUUAUAUUUUUAUCUAAACUAUAACAAAAAAAAAAAAAUGUACAUAAAAUAAUAAAAUCAUUAUUUUCGUUAACUUUCCUGUUCUCUCUAUUUUUUUUUUCAGUUAUGCGAAAUUAUUAAAAAAAAUUUACUCAAAAUCAAAAAAAUGAAAUGCUUAUUCACCAACUAGAUUAUAAAUUCAACAAAAAAAAAAUCUCCUAUCGUUCUUCUAUUGGAGAAAUAUUUCUGGUGAAGAACAUAAAGCGUAAAAAUUAAAAAUAAUGAACACAUAGCCCCGUAAAUUUAUUAGUCUUCAUUUUUUUAUCUUUUUCCGGGUUGUUCCGAUUAUUAUGAAAACUACUAGGAAAAUCAAAACACGAUUUUUUUGUGAGCAACUAGAUUCAAAUGCAACAAAAAAAAGGUCUCUAGGCAUUUUUUUAUUAAAAUAAUAUUUCUAGUAGAAAACUUAGGUUGCAAUAAUUUAAAAUAUUGAAAUCAGUAAUGCCACGUCGAGCCUUAAAUAUUUGCCGUUUUACUAACAAAUUUAUGACGAUUUUUACGAAAACUCCUAGGAAAUCAAUAAAUUACCUUCUCAGUACACUAUAACUAUAUAAAAUUUCCUUUUAGAAAAAAUGCUACACUUGAUGUAUCGGGGUAAGAUUUCUGGUAGAAGUUGCUCACAGAAACAAAAAAAAAAAAAAAUACAAAAAUACAAAACACACAUCGCUACGCUCCGAAUUUAAGAAAACACUUUUGGUUAAAUUUUUCCCGAAUAUAGAGUCUAUUGCAAUGUAUUGUGUUUGUUAUAUAUAUAUUUAUUUAUACAUAGUGACCAAUAUAACGUAUGAUAUUCAUUAUCUCGGAAAGAAAUAACAUUUUUUGGAAUUUGUUUUAUAGAAUAUUUUGUUCUGAAAUGUUAUAUUAAAGUUAUCUUUUAUCACUCUUAUUUUUUUUUGGGAGUGAAUCGUCUACUCAUUGCAACCAAUGUUAAACACUUCAUAAAUUUAAUAUGAAGUUUUAGUUUAAAGUUCAGUUUUUUAUGUUGAUAUUUAUAAUUUCCAUCAACCCGAUGACGAGUUGAUAUUCUACUUUUAAGUUUUGUUAAGAUGAGAGUAGUGAGUGCAACAUUUGCGAAGUGGCACGGUUCACAGCGUUUCUACUAUUCUCCACCGACCCAUGUGCACCGACCUACAUGUACAAAACGGCAAAUUUAAAAGUGGAAUAUCUUGUCGACGGGUUGGCGGAAAUUUAAAAUGCCCAUACAAAAAUGUAUUUAAAUUAAAACGUCAUAUAUUUAUGGGAUUUUUAUUAUAGGUGUUAUUUGAAAAUAAAAAUUGAAUAAUGUUAUCACCUCCGAAAAUAAGGGCGACAAAAAAAUAACGGUAACCUAACAUUUUAGAGUUGAUAAUUUCUUAAAUUGUGUAUUUAAUAAAUUUCGAAAAAAGUUAAUACCUUCCGAUAUAAUGAGUGUUUCAGUAGCGUCGAACCCUAUGUUAAGGUUGGGCUUUAGCUCGACUUCUUUAAAAAUUAAGCAUUGAACUGUUUCUUUUUGGGCCUAAGUUUGGUUACCAACCGAAUUAAUACUUCAUCACAGAAAUAAAAAUCUACGCUAACCAUAGUUUUAGACAUAAAAUGAGCCAUGUUUAGUUAUCUGACUACAUUUUUAAGAUUUUGACUGGAAUGUCUUGCGUUCAGUUGAGUACCGAUAGGGUUGCAUGAUGGGCAAUAAGUUACGGGCCCAUGACAUUUAGGGGCCACAAAUUGUGGCCGAAAGCAUUAUUUUAGUGAAUGGACAGGCGAAUAAAAAAAAAAAGUAUUAAGAUAGUGUCAUAUGACAUUAAAGGAUAUAUAAGAGUGGACGGGCAGAUGUAUGAAAACAGAUAAUGACCUUUUUUAUUAUGUUAAUUGGGUCCCAACUCGGAUUGCACAUAUUUUUGGAUACUUUUAGCGGUUUAUUCUGGAUCAAAUAAUUUCAAAUUCAGGAUUCAGGAUUUUUUGUAGGCGUAUAGAAGUAAUAAAAUGUUUUAUACAUACAAUUUCGAAAUUAAUUUUACCAUAUUGUUACCCAAUCAUUACCAGGAUAUUUUUUACACCUGAAUAAGAGAAAGAGUAGCAUAACGUAUAAGAGAGGUGCAUAGCCGUAGGUUUCAAGAAAGGGGGCUAAAAGAACUAAACUGCAUUUGUUCUAUUUGUAAUGAGCAAACCUUUUACUGCAUUUCUAGGGGCCUAGAGGAGAUUUUAGGGGUGUAAUAUAGCCCCCUUAGACUUUCCGCAUUAUACGCCUAUGGAUAGGACAACGGGUAGAUGCAGUCAAUAAGUGUUAACGUAUGUAAGAAACCAAAAGAAAAUUUUAAAAAUGUAACAAAAUUCUGACAAAUUUUAAUUAGGUAUUGUCUAUUUUAGAUGAAAUAGAAAAAAAAAAGGAAAUAUUGUAACGGCAACAAGUCUGCUGGAGGAAAAUUCGAUUUUGCUGUUCACAGGUGUUUUUUCUCUAGCAAUAUCAUAAUUUUGUUUUCAAAUCACAUUUAAAUCACCUCGUAUUAUUUGUAUACACUUUUUUUACCGAUAUAUUAUUGAUAAUUAUAGCUACAUCAUAACUAACACCACAUACUGUUUUAUAAAUGUAUAAUCACUAUUACAACUAUAAACAUAACUUGUGUUUUUUUGUAAAAUGCUUUACCUAUCAUUGUAAAAGACGAUUUUUCGUUUUGUUCAACUAUGCCUAAUACUAAUACCAUAACAACUAUUAUUGUAAAACUGUAUCAACAUUAUAAAACAUGUUGGAACAAUUAAAAUAUAUAUAUUUGAAAACAAAUAUUUAAUUAUAAAUUUAUUAAUUUUGUAUUUUACACGUGUGAAGUUUAAAUAUAUAUAUUUAAUAACAAAUAUUUAAUUAAAUUGAAUAAUUUUGUUUUUUACAAGUUCAAAUAUAUUAUAAAAUGUAGAUACUGGCCAUUUUUAAUUUAAAGUUAAAUAAAGAGUAGGUAUCUAUUAAUUUCUGGACUAUUUAAAUUUUUUUUUAAAACUGCAUAAUUACAUAUAUCAUAAUGUGUAUCGGUACCUAGCUUAAAUAGGUUACAAGGUUAUCAUUUUUAACAUAAAUCACCUUAAUAUAUUGUUAUCUUCCAUUUUAGUAAUAAGUUUUUAUUUUUAUUUUAUUAGGUAUCUAUUUAUUUAUUUUAAACACUUUCAAUUCGAUAAUUAUAGGGAGCUGAUAUCCUUAUAUCUCUAUUUAAAUACGAAUUAUUCUUACAUACAUUUUUAUUAAAUAUCAUUGAUAAUAAACAUAGUAAUAAUUAUAUUAAUCACGCGAUACAUUAAUUAUUAUAGUUAAUAGAAAAAAAUUUAAAAGUUAAAUCAUUUUUUUUAAAAUUAAUUAACAAAAUAUAGAGAAUAAUUCCAUUAAUUUAUUAAGACAUGUUAAAUAAUAAGAUUAUUAUAAGUAUUUAAAAAUAUUUAAGUAGGUAUAUAGCUGAUUUGAAGAGAAAAGUUUUAAAUGUUCAGUAUUAUAUUAUUAUAUAAGGAAGAUCUUUAUAGUUAAUAGGUACUAGUAAUACUUAAAUAUUUUAGCCACAAAUGACAAAUAUUGAAUUAAACACAUUGAUCUGUAUACAAGUCAUAAUGUCUAAUUUUACGUACAGGAGUACGUGGCCGAAAGUCCGUUUAUUUAGAUGAAAUUUUGUUUUUUUAAAUAAAUAAUAAUAAACUUAUCAUCAUAAUAAAAUUAGUUUAAACAUUAUUGAUGAGUGAGAUAGAAAAUAUAAGAACGUCUGAGUUUAAUGUUCAGCAUGGCAUAUUUCAUUACAGAUUAUCUAUGAUUCUGCAGUAGUAGUAUGAUGGUGUGCGUUAGCAGAACUAAUCAAAUUUUAUACUUAUAUUUAUAUCUAAUUAUAAUAUUAAACAAUAAAUUAGUACUUUAAGUCCCUCCUUUCUAAAUAGUUGACAUUCUAAAAAAAAUGUAUUCAUUUUUUCAGGUACAGACUAAAUUUUCAUGUCAAAAAAAUUAUAAACUACCGAAAUUGAAGCAUGUUAAUUAUAUAUUAUAAUUGAUAAUAAAAGUAUAUAAUAUAUACCUUCGAUAAUUUUAUUUAGCCCCCCCCUCUAAAAAAAACCCUGGGUGGAGCACAUCUAAUUAUUUGAUCUAAAAAGUGACGUUUUAAAAUUAGUUGACCCAUAGUUUUCAAAUUCUGGAAUCGCCACUGCCGUGUAGAUCAAAUACAGUUUCUAUUACACCAUAUUAUUUAAUCGAUGAAAAAACCAUGUAACACAAACAAAGGGCUAAAUAUUAUAGCACCAGUAUUCGUGAAAAUCAUAAUUUGUUAUAUUUAUAUUUGAUCUAUCAUUUAUUGGUUCUUCGUUUUUUUAAAUUUUCAACUUCGUUUUUAGUUAUUCAAUCGAAUGCAAACGUCUUGUCUUAUAUCAACUUUACGUUCUGUUGAAAAAGGAAUUCGUCGAAUAUUGUACAAUGUAAUCAUGCCCACCCACUUUUGGUAACUAGAAAAAUAAUCUACUGCAUAAUCUCGACAUUUACUUUAUAGUCAUAAUAAACUGGUAACUGACGAAAUCGUCUUCUGUUUUAUUACAAAAAUUCUAGGAUUUUGAAUACGUUGAUAGAUGAUCGUUUAAAAUCAAACAUAUUAUAACCUUUAAUCAGAUUUACGUUUGACGGUGCCCACACACUGCCGUGGUAGCGGUAGCGGUUUAAUAGAACCUAUGUAUUCUUAUUUGAGUCCAUACACUGCAACGGCUGUGGUAAAAUAUCGUGUCACGGUUUUUAUAAAAACCGCUACAUGACUGAAUUUUACCGCUACCGCCAGCGGGGAUUUCAGUUUUUUUUUAUCAUUUUAUCAUAUUUUAUUAUUUUGUAGGUAUAGGUGUAGGUAAAUAAAUAAUAAAAAUAAAUAAAUAUUUAAUUAGAAAUAUGUAUUAAACCAGGUACAUACACAAAAAAAAUUCAGGUGGGAGGAGGGGAUUCAUAAAAAAUUUAUAAUAAUCAAUAUUUAUAAAAAAAAUAUUAAAUUUAUAUAAAAAAAUUACACAACUAUUAAUUUUCGGGGGGGGGGGGGUGAACCCCUCGUAGUAAAAUGCUACCGUCACCGCAACAGUGUGAACAUGGUGGUGGUUUGUUGUAUCGCUACCGCUACCACUGCAGUGUGUGAGUACCUUUGAUUUUUAAGUAUUUAAGGGGUUUUUUUUGUAAAAUAUUUAUGUAAUAAGUAACUUGUUAUUCCGAAUAUUCGGACUUUUUUAAAUUUUGAUUUAGUUAUAGCAAGAACUAUGAAUUUAAGGCAUUAUAAAACCUUAAAAAAUGUAUUUAAUAUCUUAAAACAAUUUAAAUAACUUAACCGUGUACAGAUUUUGAAAAUUUACUACUGAUAUAUUGUAAAUUUUCAAUUAUUAUUAAUCAACACUUUUACAAUAUAAUUUAUUUACUAUUCAAAUUAUAUACGUUGUCAUUAUGAUACAAAAAAAACAUUUUUUCCAAAUUACUUUAAUUUAAACAAAAACGAGAAGUUUUUUCGGCACUUAUAUAUUUUUAAAUUAUCAUAUAUUAUGUGAUAUGAAUUUAUGUAAUAGUGAUGCGUUGAAUAUUUUUAAGUAAUAUAUUCACGUUUUAUUUAUCAAACCGUAGACUUUCAACGGAUAACAUUAUCUAUAUAUUAUAGAGAUUAUUAUUAGGUAUUCUUAUGUAAAAUGUUCAAAUAUUAUUGUAUAAUUUACAGAUAAACUACAAGAUUGGAACCAUAAGAAAAUAUGAAAGAGACCAACAAAAAAAAUGCACUGUUUAAAUAUUUAGGUAAAGUAUGCCACACAUAAACAAUAAUUAAAAGUAUAGUGAAAUGUAUAUAGUUCAAAUAAUUUCAAAAACCUAACUUAAAAUUUUUUUAUACAUAAUAUAAAUAAAUGAAUCAAUGCGUCACAUGGAGUAUUAUGAUAAGUGUAUUACACGACCGGUUUCGAAUUGACAAUUCAUCAUCAGGUAUACCAUAGUCAAAAUGUAAAACGUGACUCAUAGUACUCCAGACGACGCAUUGGUUCAUUUAUUUUAUUUUUAUAUUACAUACAUUUUAAAUUCCGAGCGUAGCGAGGGAGCGAUUGGUUUUACUAAAAAGUUUAUUUUUUUUUCUUUCUUUGUUCUAGUCUGUGGACACGUUUUUUCCUAGUGAAUUUAGUCCGGUGUAUAAGUGCAGCACUUUUUCUGAAAGCUCAAUUUGUCUAUUCAUAUCUCAGAUUGUACUUUAAACAUAUCAUUUUUUGAUUUUCGACGCCAUUUUUUAAAUUAAAGCACUAAGGUGAGAAAAAACGUAGGAAAACGUACAAUUUCACGAUUUCAUUAUUUUAUAAAAAUACGGACGACGUUUUCUACCAGAAAAAAUGAUUUAAUCGAAAAAUCAUUAAACACAUUUUUUGCUGCCUUUUUGAUUUAAUUUCUUACGGUAUCAUCGCCAAAACUUUUGAGUUACUUUUAAACUUUUAAGGAAUUUUAACUUUCGGGAGUUUUUUGCUGUAAUUCGGUUAUAAAUACACGUAGUGACUUGAAAUUUGGUAAUAAUACUUAUAUAAAACUUUCCUAGAUGUGAUAAAAUUUCCGAAAUCAGCGGACGAAUUUUUUUUUCAUAAGGGUUUCUAAAUCAAAUUACGGCACUUUAAAUUAUGUAUUACCGAACUGCGCUCGGAAUCGUCUUUCGUCAAGCAAUGGUAUAUCGUUGCUUACAGAUAUAAAAGAAAUAACCUUAUGUAUUCUACAUUCUCAGCUUCUCACCUACAACAAUGGCUGCUUCCGUCCUCAGUAUCAGCUUUUUUUUUUAUUUACUUAAUUUAUUUAUGAGUAUUUUCCAUUUUAAUAAUAUUGUUUUUACUUUAUUAUUUUAUUAUUAAAAAUUUUUGUUUUUUCAACAAACAUUUUUAAGGUUAGAUGAAAAAUGUUUACCUACGUUGCUACAUGAAAAAAGUUAUUAGAUCGCUUCAAAAAGUUAUGGAAUAGUUUUGAUAUUUAAAAAUAUUGGCUUAUUGAAAGUACAUAUUAUAAUAUAUUAUUACCGUAUUGCUUGUACUGUGCAAGUAUAUUUAAAUGCAUAUUUUCUAUUUAAAUGUGUUUAUUUUUAAAUACGCAGUACCUACUUAAUUUUUAUAGACAUGUAAUCGGUAUCAUUCGUAUAAUGGCAAUAAUUAUUAUUAACUAUUUUAUGUUAAAUACAUCCAGUUCACGAGGAGAUUGCUUUCAUUACGUAGAUAGUUAUUAUUAUUAUCUUACAUGUAUAUAGGUUGCAUACUUAAAAGGAUUUAUUAUCACAUAAAGAUUAAGUUUUUAAAGUUAAUUUGAUUACCAAACUAAUGAAGGCAGUUAUACGUUUGACUUGUUAUAUUUAUUUUAGCUCGUUUAGCUAAUUAUUUAUCAGUAGCAUAUUUCCGGGGGGGGUGAUGGUGGUAUAUUACCCUGGGUCAUAUUAAGGGAUACUGUUUAGGAAAGUAAACAUAAAUAUGAUACUUCUUAUUAAAAAGUAUAUGCCAUUUUUUUACAAAUAAAUUACCCUACAAUUUUUUUCUCGCUUUGCUCAAAAUAUUUCAAUAUUAAGCAAGCAAUUAAAUAUUUCAUGGAAAGUUUUCCUUCCGUAUUAUUAUGGCUAAAACUGUAUGAAUUAAAUCAGAUUAGCCUAUAUUUCCCAGAAUAUCAUUUUCCAUGUAUAAUAGUGCCGAGGAAGUAAUUUUUCUUACGAGUGUUGAUCGUUAGUAAUUUUUAAUUCUUCUAAGGACAGAGUAUAAUCAUUCACUAUUUAUAUUUGAAAAACGGAACACAUGCAUAUUAUUUCCUUAAAAUAAUUAACACAUUAGGAAAAAUCACUGCCAAAGAAGAAUUAGGUAGUUUAACUAAACUACCUAAUUCUUCUGCCUUGUUAACUAAUAAGGCAGAUUAUUGUUAAAACUUUUUUGGCAAAUAAUAUGGUAACUUUCUGAAACUAGACUAAUUCUUUGAUAAGGAUGUGUCAACAUUUUGGUUGUAUACAUUUACAACAAUGUAUUUAUACACGUACGUAAAGUUUGCACCACAUGUAUAACAUGCUUCAACCAAAUAUAUCUAACAAUCUUAUUUCAGACUUAUUAGACGUUAUUUGAAAGUUGUUAAAAUUUCUGAGACGUUUUAGAUUUUUCACGAGGGAUCUAUAGAUUUACAUAUACUUAUCUAUAGAUGUAUGGUUUUGUAUAUUUGUUUUUUCUGUCUGCAAACAUCUUUUCAACCAGAAAUAUUGAUCCGAUGAAUUAAGUGUAGUACCUUUUUUGAAAGGAAAUUUUCUUUAAUUGUUGCAUUAAGCAGGUAAUUUUUUGAUAUUUAAAGGAGUUUUCAUAAUAAUUGGGAAAAACCAAAAAAAAACGAAAACUUUUUUUCAUUUAUUUAAGUUACGCCACAACGAUUUGAUUAUUAUAAAUUUGUAUGGACUAUGUUUCUAUCAUAAAUAUUGCUAUAAUAAAAAAAUGACAAGAAACCUUUUUUUUAAAUUAAGAAAUGUAUCCACUGCUACAAAGAAUGAUAGGGUAAUGAUAAAAUCGAGCUAUAUUAAACUCUGAGCAAAUUGUGUUGUUACCGUACCAUUUAUUGCAGCAUUGUGGAAUUGCUUUGACAAUAUUUGGAGGACUAAAUGUAAAUGUAAGAAAUGUCACAUUUUUAAUAUUUGGUCAUCACUCCUCCCCAGUAACGUUACCCCAGGGUUUCUUAAAAAUGGUGGUUUAAAUCAUUGUAUUUUAGAACAUAUGGCCCAUUCAUUAACCAAUAGUUAAUACCUAAUAAAAAAAAACCAUAACAAACAGCUAUCAGUUUAAUUAUUUUAGCAUAAUACAAUUAUUCCUAUUAAAUUAUAUACUUAUUACCACUCAGUACCAGCAACCACCCAUCCAAUUCAUUUGGUUCAUUUGAACCACCUUUAUUACGUACUCGACUCCGUUACUCCUCCCCUCAAAAGAAAUUCGUUAAUACAUUACUGUUAAAUAUAUAGUUAAUGAAAAAAAAACGGAUUUUUAUUUUCAGAGAAAAUACCUCAAAGAUGGGUGGUGACAAUAAUGGGCAUGAUGGCCGUAAUGAUGGCGUUUACGAUGCGUACGUGUUUGAGCAUAACGAUGACACAGAUGGUGAUGCCCGUAACCAUAGACUCGAAGAAAGUUCACCGAGUUUGCCCCAUGCCAUUGGAAAAUAAAACGGUCAACAAUACCAUGCAUAUAGAAGACACUAGUAACCGAUUUACGUGGGACGAAGAGAUCCAGGGCAUGAUCUUGUCCGCGUUUUACUACGGUUACAUUAUAACGCACAUACCGGGUGGAUUUUUGGCACAGAAGUUCGGUGGCAAAUUCACGUUGGCUUACGCGAUACUGUCCACGGCCGUUUUGACGUUGUUAACGCCCAGCGUGGCACAUAUGGGGCCAAUUUAUCUAAUGAUUGUACGUUUCAUCGAAGGAUUAGGAGAGGUAACGUUUUUAAUAAAACAACAAAUAUUUUAUAAAUAUAGUAAUAAUUGUAAAUGCAAUUGUUUAAAAACAAAAAAAAAAAAAUAGGUAUCUGUAGUGGAUUAGAGUGAAAAAAAUAAACGAUAUCGUAUUUAUCAUUUACGACGGUGUUUUUACAACAUUCAGUACGGUUUCUAAGUUUUAUUAGUUCACUUUUAUGCAAUAAAGUUUACCGAUGUGUUUAUACCAUUGUUUUAAUUGAAUCAAAAUGCGAUACACUCAAUCCGUUAAUACUUCAUACAUAUAUAUUUUCUAUUACGUUUACAGGGAAUGUUGUUUCCAGCACUAUGUUCGUUACUGGCACAAUGGUCGCCUCCCCACGAAAAAGCAAGACUUUCUGCAUUAGUGUUUUCCGGUAGGUGUAGUCGAAAUUACAGUGAAAUACUGUUUAUGCAAUUUUUGUUACAUAUUGUAUUAUUUUUCAUGUCCGUUUGUAGGUGUGCCGAUUGGAAACAUUUGCGCAAAUUUAUUUAGUGGUAUAAUCAUUUAUUACAUACCCGGAGGAUGGCCAAACGUGUUUUAUUGUUACGGCACUGUCUCUUUGAUAUGGCUUGUUUUAUGGCUAAUGGUUAUUUAUAAUAAUCCACACUCGCAUCCAUUUAUAUCACCUGCAGAAUGUGAAUAUUUAUACGAAACGAUUGGAAGCGUCGAAAGAAAAAAAGUAAGUCCUCUUAUACCUCUAUAGCUAUUCUAAUUAAAUUCUACAUACCUUUCUAAUAUUUAUUUAUUUUGUAAAUAGGUUCUCGCGCAGGUAAAAACAUUAGUAUAAGUGAUUAUUAAAUCUCACCUUAAAAAUAAUGACAUUAAACGAUAUUUAUUUCAGUAUCAAAAAAAACUAUGAAUUGACCGGUCUUUUUAUUUUUUUUUUUUUAGGAUCAAGGUCCCACACCGUGGUCAAAAAUACUGUUAGCGCCAGCCAUUUGGGCUUUAGUCAUAGCAGAAGUGGGAUUCGAUUGGGGAUCGAUUACAAUUUCCAACGAUUUACCCAAAUACAUGAACGACGUUUUACAUUUUUCGGUAAAAACGGUGAGUUUUAAUUCGAAUUUAUUAAGUACCUAUUAUAUUACAGAAAUAAAUACUUGUAUUUUAUUGUAAAUAAUAUGAUGAAUUUUCAGAACGGUUAUUUAACGUCCACCCCCUACCUGGCUCAAUGGAUUAUGUCGAUGACAUCGAGUGUAUUCGCCGAUUACAUGAUAAAAAAAAAACUUUUGUCGGUCACUUACAUCAGAAAAAUCUAUGCCAUUAUAGGUAAAAAAAUAGAACACAAGAUGUUCAUAAUAAUGACACAAUGAUAUUAAAAUAUGCUAUAUUAUUUUAGGAACCGUUGGCCCAGGAUUAGGAGUGAUGUGCGCGUCAUUUGUUGGAUGCAAUAAGUUCAUGGCUUCAUUUUGUUUUACUAUAGGAAUGGCCUUGAUGGGAUUUUGCUACUCCAGCAUCCGUAUUAACGCUUUAGACCUGUCACCAAACUAUUCGGCAUCUAUAAUGGCACUGGUGAACGGGGUUGGAUGCUUGUCUGGUAUGAUCUCUCCAUUUGUUGUCGGUUUAUUGACACCAAACGUGAGUAUUAUUUAAUUAGCCAACUCUAACUUAUCCGAUCUCUGUAUUUACUUCUUUUGAAAUUUAAAGCCAUUUGAUAAUUAAAAUAAAAAGUUGUAAAUGUAUAAAGUGUGAUCACGUGGCGUUUAAAUUUAAAAACCAAUAAUAAUUUAUGAAUUAUUACUAUUAUUAUUACUAUAAUAAUAUGUACCUAAUAAUGUAUGUUAUUUCAGAGAACCAUUGAUGAAUGGCGCGUAGUUUUUUGGAUAGUAUUGAUCACAUUAGUUUUGUCAUCCACUAUAUUUACAAUUUUCGGAAGCGGCGAAUUGCAGCCCUGGGAUAGUGAUGAAAUGAUUUCCGAUACCAAAAAUAAAGACUCCGAAAAAUGUAAAGAAAAUACUAGUGUUCAACGUGAAGACAAAAGUUCCUGAAUUAACUCAACACAAAACUAUACGUAUCUACUUAUUUGGAUUUAUGUUAUUGUCGUCAUACCACACACCAUAUCGGUCCAAGUUAUAGUUUGAUUACCAGAAUAAAAUUCAAACGGAAAUGUGUAGUAUUGUAUAGAAAUAGUGUAGGUAUUUUUUUUAAUUUUUAGAUAUAUGAAUUGUGAUAUACAUAUAUUAUAUAAGUUACCAUAUUUAUAAAUAAUUAUACAAUUACGAGUAUUAAUUUUAUAUUUUGUAAACUAUUGAAGACUAUUGGAUCUAUUUUGUAUUUUUUAAAGGUUAAAUUGCGUUUUUCAGAACGGUCAUAAGACCUUUUGUACAUAGUUUGUAUUAUAUUUUUAGAC